UUUCAAGUGUAGCUUUUCCUCCCACACACCUGAGACAUGCGUGAAGUCAUCUCCCUCCAUAUCGGGCAAGCAGGAGUGCAGAUUGGCAACGCUUGCUGGGAACUUUACACUCUCGAGCAUGGCAUGAGCCCGGACGGCCGCCUGGUUGAUGACGGGCACAAGCUUGACAGCGACCCAUCCACGUUCUUCUCGGAAACCGGCUCAGGAAAAUAUGUCCCGCGAUCGCUAUACGUUGAUCUGGAACCUGGGGCCAUAGACGAGAUCAAGACCACCAAAUUUAGGUCACUCUUCCACCCGGAGACCAUGAUAUGUGGAAAGGAGGAUGCAGCAAACAACUAUGCUCGCGGCCACUAUACCAUCGGCAGAGAGUUCAUUGACCCAGUAAUGGACAAGAUUCGCAGACUCUCAGAGAACUGCUCUGGUCUGCAAGGCUUCUUCGCCUUCCAUUCGUUUGGAGGCGGUACUGGCUCUGGCUUUGGUGCACUUCUCCUCGAGCGCCUCUCCGCGGACUACGGCAAGAAGUCAAAACUACAGUUCGCGAUCUACCCCGCCCCUCAAUUGUCAAGCGCAAUAGUAGAGCCAUACAAUGCGGUGCUCACUACUCACGCAACGCUCGAAUAUUGUGACUGUUCGUUCUUGGUUGACAACGAGGCUAUCUACGACAUCUGCAAACAGAGGAUAGGCGUUUCUCAGCCAGGUUUCACCAACCUGAACAGGCUCAUUGCCCAAGUCGUCUCUUCCGUGACGGCUUCUCUACGGUUUGGUGGUUCUCUGAACGUCGAUCUUGCUGAGUUCCAAACGAACCUCGUGCCCUUCCCGCGCAUACAUUUCCCAGUCGCCAGCUACGCGCCGCUCAUCUCCGCAGAGAAGGCGCACCAUGAGCAGAAUUCGGUUGCUGAAAUGACAUUCGCUUGCUUCGAGCCUGGAAACCAAAUGGUCAAAUGCGCCCCCCAAGACGGCAAAUACAUGGCAUGCGCGAUGCUAUAUCGUGGUGAUGUUGUUCCCAAGGAUUGCCAGUCAGCCUUGGGCGUUGUUAAGACCAAGAAGACGAUCCAGUUUGUUGAUUGGUGUAAGACGGCUUUCAAGCUCGGCAUCUGCAGGGAACCUGCUGUCGCAGUGCCUGGUGGUGAUCUCGCUAGGACGACGCGCAGUCUUUGUAUGUUGUCAAAUACGACAGCAAUUGGCGCAGCAUGGAGUAGGCUCGACUACAAGUUUGAUCUCAUGUACGCAAAGCGUGCGUUCAUUCACUGGUAUGUCGGCGAGGGCAUGGAAGAGGGUGAGUUCACCGAAGCGCGCGAAGACCUCGCUUCCCUUGAAAAGGACUACGAGGAAGUCGGUGCCGACACUCCUGACGAUGAAGCGGAGACCGUCGAAUACUAGAUGGAUCCACUGUUACCUUCCGAAUGGCGACUUCUAGUGCACUGUUUUAUGACCCUAUAUUGUCAUGGAUGUGUCGCUGUGCUCACGUAUCCUUGUGUUGUACUCUACCACACUCCACUAUAGCCUACCUGAGCAUACUAAUACUACCAGCCAAUCAUGAUAUUUACUUAUGGAGCUGAGGCGGUCUA